CACUCAAUACGCUAUCCCGUACCUUUUCCCAUCCAAGAACAACCAAACGGCCUUGUCAGCCAACAGCCAACCCUCAACGACCAAAUCCCCAACUCCACACACUGAACCACAACCACCUGCAUAUUCCAACCCUUUCUACGCUCUGGCUGUGACCACAACUUCAAUGUCAUACGCCUUGCCCCCCUCUCAAGGCCUGAGACUGUGCGCUGCCUCCUAGCACAUUCUUAUUCCCCCGACGGACCCGGCCAUAAUAAGGAUUGCCUCUGGUCUCCACAGAUCGAUCCCGCCAUGGCAAAUUAUCAAGGACCUAGGCCAAACGGAGGCAGGCAGAGCGACUAUGGCCAGCCGCCGUCAUCAAACAAUCAGCGGGAUGCCGCCUUCUCCAACAUCUUUGGUGCUGCGCCGCCACCAGGUCGCUCCCAGACCAUGACCUCCUCCAACCAACCCCUCAACAUGAUGCCGCCGCCUGGAAGAACACAGACAAUGGGCUCGCAGUAUGAUGGACGGUCUCCCAUGGGCCGCGAGCCUCCGCCGCGAAUGCCUCCUCCCCGACAGCCUCCGCCGCGGCAGCCAGGAGGAUAUCCUCCGCAAUCGCCCUCAUACGGACCCAACGGCCAAGCCGGCCCCAAUGGUUACUACCAGGGCCCACAGAGGCCAGCCUCAAACAGUGGCCCUCAAGUUCGCGAUCAGCAGCUACCUCCAGCUCCUCCUCGGCUAGACCAGAGAAGGCCAUAUCCAGGACCCCAGCGGGUGGACAUGAGACAACAACCUAAUAUUUCCCAGCAGCAGCAGUUUGCGCAACAGCAACGACAGCCCCCGCAGCGAGCAUACAGCGGUCCAGGUCCGGCCAUGAACUCUGACCCGUAUCGCUCGCAGUCAAUGGCGUCGAUUUCACGGCCGCAGAUGUACCAGGCGCCACCGAGCAACUUUCAGCAAGCACCCGCGAAUGCGUUCCGACACGCACCAUAUCAGAACAACCAGCAGAUGUCGUCUAAGAUCACGGCGCAGGGCCGCCCGGUUCCUGAAAGAACGCACGAUGAGCGCACGAUGUCCAUGACGAGUUAUCCGCAAGGACGAGACCACCAGACAAUGAGUGGUCGUGUUAUACCCAAUAGACGCGCGGAAGAGCCGCAGGAGAGGACAAAUGGAUAUCAGAUUGAGACCCCCGGUGCUGCCGGAUCUAUGACCCGCACGACCAGUAUGGCGUCAACACAGGUCACUGAAGGCUCGGGUCGCUCUAUGUCUAUGGCUUCGACAAUCGUUCCUCCGGAAAGUGUCAAUAAUAGGACAUCUGUUAAGUCGAAUGGCAGCGGGACAGGACGGAGGGCGGCUACCAAGGCUCCCCUCGUAUAUCCAGCUCUGCUGUCUCGUGUCGGAGAAUGCUUCCGGGAUAGGAUUCAAACGGGAGACCGGACGAAGAACGACCUCGCAUAUAAGCACGCAUUUAGCGGUGCGGAAGCGGUGGACGUCAUCAGCUAUAUCAUCAAGACUACGGAUAGAAAUCUUGCUCUGCUCCUGGGUAGAGCUCUGGACGCCCAAAAGUUCUUCCACGACGUUACCUACGAUCACAGGUUACGAGAUGCGCCGACUGAGAUGUAUCAGUUCCGAGAGACUAUGAUGGAUGAUCCCUCCGACACCCCGGAGGUCAACGGUGUAUUCGUUCUGCUGACGGAGUGCUAUUCUCCUACCUGUACCCCUGACCACCUGUGCUACUCUAUUGCGUGUCCAAGGAGAUUGGAACAGCAGUCGCGACUCAAUCUCAAGCCUCAACCAGGUCUGAGACGUGAGGAUUCGCAAGCUAACCUCCACGACAACGAGCCCGAUGAACAGAAAUUGUGGAUCAACACUGUAUCCAAGGAGAUUGCUGAUAGCGUCGGAGACCGCGAGAAGAAGAGGCAGGAGGUCAUCUCCGAGAUCAUGUACACCGAGAGAGAUUUUGUCAAGGAUCUGGAGUAUUUGAGAGACUUCUGGAUUUUCCCCUUGCGAGGGCUUGUCAGGGAUGUCCCACCUCCUAUCCCGGAAUCAAGACGAGAAAGGAUCGUUCGGACUAUUUUCUCCAAUAUUGUCGACCCCCCGAGUAUCCACGGCGUCAGUUCCAAGUUCGCAGAGGCCCUCACGGAACGGCAAAGGAAACACCCAGUGGUUUCGGCCGUUGGCGAUAUUUUCUUAGAAUUCGUGCCCCAGUUCGAGCCAUUUAUCACCUACGGAUCAAAUCAGCUGAAUGCCAAGUUCGAAUUUGAGAAGGAGAGGUCCUUGAAUCCGUUCUUCUCCAAGUUCGUGGAUGAAACAGAGCGCCGCAAGGAAUCGAGAAAGCUGGAACUCAACGGUUAUCUCACUAAGCCUACGACGAGAUUGGCUCGUUAUCCACUGCUGUUGGACAAUGUGCUUAAAUAUACGGAUCCGGCAAGCCAGGAUAUCACGGAUAUCCCCAAAGCCAUUAAGCUGAUUCGAGACCUCCUGACUCGUGUCAACGCAGAGUCUGGAAAGGCCGAGAACCGCUUUAAUUUGAGGCAACUUCAUGAGCAGCUCCGAUUCAGACCGAAUGAGCGUGUUGACUUGAAGCUUACGGAUGAGGGCCGAGAGUUGAUCUACAAGGGAGCUUUGAAGAAGUCUCCAACAGACCCAAGUGAGAUCCAGGCUUACCUCUUUGACCAUGCAAUGCUUUUGGUGCGUGUGAAGAUGGUGGGCAAGAAGGAGGAAGUGAAGGUUUAUCGACGGCCAAUACCGUUAGAACUGCUGGCAAUCAAAGAAAUGGACGAUGUGGUGCCUAGAUUGGGCGUCGUCAAGAGGCCCACCUCAAGUUUACUACCCGGAAACAAGAGCAACACCGCGGAUACUACCAAGGGUUUCCCAAUCAGCUUCCGCCAUCUGGGACGAAAGGGGGGCUACGAGCUAACUCUUUUCGCAUCCACUGUGGGCUCCCGGAAGAAGUGGCUCGAGUAUAUUGAUGAACAGCAGGAGAAGCUACGUGCACGUGGGGACUUCUAUAACAAGACUACGCUAUCUGCCGGCUUCUUCACGGCGAUGAACCGUGUUAAUUGCGCUGCACCGUUUGGUAAGUCGCCCAUGCUGAGGCUAAUUGACACAAGCUAACAAUAGUAGAUGGCGGACGCAAACUUAUUUAUGGUACUGAUACCGGCAUAUACGUGUCGGAUCGAAGGUCAAAGGAGGCAGGGGCCAAGCCGAAACGCGUAAUAGACGUGCAAAACGUCACGCAAGUUGAUGUCCUCGAGGAGUAUCAGCUCCUACUUGUGCUAUCGGCGAAAUCACUCCUAUCGUUCCCGCUUUCAGCUCUCGAUCCGAACGAGCCUACCCUCGGCAAACGAUCCAAGAAGAUCCAAAGCCAUUGCAAUUUCUUCAAGACCGGCAUCUGUCUCGGCCGCCACCUAGUCUGCUGCGUCAAGUCCUCGGCCCUCUCCACGACCAUCAAGGUCUUCGAGCCCAACGACGCCAUGUCCAAGGGCAAGAAGCAGAAGGGCUUCAAGAUGUUCAACAGCGGCCAAGACGAGCUCAAAGCCUUCAAAGAAUUCUACAUCCCCACCGAAUCCUCCUCCAUCCACUUCCUCAAGUCCAAGCUCUGCGUCGCCUGCGCCCGCGGCUUCGAGGUCGUCUCCCUCGAGACCCUCGAGACGCAAUCCCUCCUCGACCAGGCCGACACCUCGCUCGACUUCGUCGCGCGCAAGGAGAACGUCCGCCCCAUCCACAUCGAGCGCCUCAACGGCGAGUUCCUGCUCAACUACAGCGAAUUCUCGUUCUUCGUCAACCGCAACGGCUGGCGCGCGCGCCCCGACUGGCGCAUCGAGUGGGAGGGCCUGCCGCAGAGCUUCGCCUUGUCGUAUCCCUGGAUCUUGGCGUUCGAGCCGAAUUUCGUGGAGAUUAGGAAUAUCGAGACGCAGGCGGUUCAUAUCAUCCCAGCGAAGAAUACACGCAUGCUUCAUACGAGCACGCGCGAGAUCCUCUACGCCUUCGAAGACGAGCGCGGCGAAGAUAUCGUCGCAUCCAUUGACUUCUGGCCCGCUGGCCAACGGCCCGACGCACGCAUGUCCAUCAUGCCGCCUGCGCCGUCGACGGCCCCACAACUCCCCGCGCUGCAGAUC